ACAAGUCAAAAUGUCAACUGUCAUCUGUCAGUCUGUCACUUGCAAAUAAAUUCUUUUUUGUAUUUUCUAGAAUAAAGUGCUAAAUUUUACAUCUUUUUAGGUAAAUAUAUAUGAAAAUGUCUCUAAAUGAAAAUUCUGAUGUAUAUUCUGAAAAAGAUAGUUAUAAAACUAACAGUAAUUUAUCAGGUCAAUUUAAACCCUUCUCAUCACCAUAUUUAAACUUUGAUCCUGGAUAUAUACCACAAACUCAGCCAGAAUUUAUAUUUUUGGACGGAGGCAGCAAACAGAGAGGUAGAUUUGAAUUGGCUUUUGGGCAGAUUGGUGGAUCAUGCAUGGUUGGAGCAGCAUUAGGCGGAGCUUCUGGUUUUUAUAAUGGUCUAAAAUCUACAACACUCGCUGGUCAAACUGGAAAAUUACGAAGAACACAGUUAAUUAAUCAUGUAAUGAAAAAAGGCAGUGCCACUGCCAAUACUUUUGGAUCCGUAGCUGUAAUAUAUUCUGCGUUUGGGGUACUCCUGUCAUGGGCUAGAGGCUCCGAUGAUGACCUUAAUACCAUAGUAGCUGCCACAGCAACAGGGCUACUUUAUAAAUCUACAGCUGGCUUGAAAAAAUGUGGAAUUGGUGGUGCAAUAGGAUUAGGAGCAUCAGUUCUUUAUGCUUUAUGGAAUAACAGAGACAGGAUAUCAGAUUUAGGGCAUUAUAAUCCUGCGCAAAGGUAAAAACAGCUUGAGGAAGUACAUAGGUCAGGGAAAAGGCAGUUAUCUUCUUAUUGUACAUAAUAGAUGGCAUAUUUGUAUUCUUAUAAUAAAUUAUUAUUUUCCAA